AACACUGAGUCACAAUUCCUUGAUUAUCUAAAUGUUAGGAUUAUGUUUGAUUUGUCCUGGAUAUAAAUAGUUAACAUAAUGUUUCUGAUAUCACUAGUAGUGUUGGAAAAAUAAAUCAAAAUUCCGAUCAAAAUGAAUGAGAGGGAUAUUCCAAGUGUCCCUAUUACAACAUUAGCAGGUGUAGCCAGUUUGACAGAUUUGUUACCAGUGCUACCUCUACCUACACCUUUACCGUCAACAUUAAACAAUAAGUCUCAGUUAUUUCACCCCAGAGUUGCUGAAGAAGCGGCAAUUCUACUUGCAACUAGAGAUGACAACUUAGUGUCAUUAUUAUUGCAAUCCCUCAUGCAAACUUCUGUACAACACAUUGAUUUAAAAGAUGAAAGCAUUCCAAAUGCGGUUAGUCCUUCUCCACAACAGGAUACACCGGAAUUACUAAAAGCAAUCCUUAAUGUCAAUCCAAAUAUAUUUGAUCAGAGGAACGAACAAAGAAAUCACUGGAGCAAUCAUUUACAUUCAUCCAAGUUCAAUGGGAUGUCACCAUCAUCAACAUUUAACUAUUCAUCUCACAGUGCAGCACACUCCAGCCCAUCCUCCCAUGGAACUGCAGUACACUCGGGUCCAAUCCCAAAUCAACAAUUGCUAGCAACACCCUGUCAGUCAUCACCGCAUGUCCACAUGGGUUCCCCACCCUCUCAAGCACGGCCGGGUCAACAAGUCAAUAUUACAGCUCAAAAUAAUAUCUCCCCCUCAUGGACCAGUACAAAUCAAUCCAACAUCUAUACAAGCCCCAUAUCAAACACACCCUGUACUAAUCCUCAAAAUGGCGGAUUUUAUAACAGUCUAGUACAAGACAAUAGAUUUGGUACCAAUUUGAAUGAAGACAAAGAUCCUCUUUCCAUGUCACCAGGAAAUCUACAAGAUCAACAAAGAGUAAUGUUACAAACUCAAGAAAAGCCAUUCGAACAGGAUGGUAAUGUAAUGACGGGUCAGUCACCAGCACAGGCCAGUGUAGCACCUUCACCUCUGCGCCACGAGCCGCAAGCACCUCAGCCAUCAAUGGGCGCGCCGUACGCCCCGCAGCAAUCCACCACACAAGAUAAACUGGAAUUGUCCACUAAAACACCUAACAUCAUGAAUAAUAAAUAUCCGGUUGUCAAAAUUGGCCGCCUUUCUGAGGGAAUUUUAAAAAAGCAUGAUUUUGCAAAUGAUGGACGAUCGAGAAAAAGUAGUGCAAUAGAGUCUGACUCGGAUGACAAUCUGCCUUUGAAGGCAAAAUCAACUGUCUCUAAUCCCACUGUAGAUAAAGAAAGAGAGGCAAUUGAUUUAGCUCGGGAGAGGAAUUGGGAAGCUGUGAAGAGAAAACAUGAAGAAGCCAGUAAAAAGGAGGAAGCUGAGGCUGCUAUUGUUCGACCAAAACUGCGUAAAGUAGAGAAGAGGCUUGUGCCUGUACUUGAAAUGCUGUCAGUGGAUGAACUAAUGGAAACCAAUACUUAUCAGAGAUUUAGCAAAUUGAUUGAUGCUGUAUUUGAAACUAUUGAUGAUGAUGUUAUUAUAACAGAUGAAAUGGAGGGACCCGAAAUUCCUGAAGAAUUAUUAUUACCCCGCUAUCAACUGCAAGAGUUGUGCUCAGAAGCGGCGAAAUUAAAAAAUCUUGGUGCUAUGGAAGCCAUUCCGAGUGAUAGAUUAGUUCGAUUGUUAAGCAUAUUGGAAAAAAAUAUUAGAGCUGCUGAGAAAAUGUCUUUAUUAGGUGAUCCUGAAGACAGUGAAGAAAUGCGACAAAUUUGGAUAGAAUCAGCGCUAGAGAGAGUGAUGUGUGCGUCUGACGCCUGCCUCACGGCUUUGUACAUAAUGACGUCACCGAGUAUGCCCAAGAGGAUAUUCCUAGAAGAUGUUAUAGAUAGAAUUAUAUUAUUUAUAAAGUUUCAACUUAACAACACAAUAUAUUGUGUCUACGAUCCUGUAUAUAGUAUUCAAUCAACAUACAAAAAGAAAGUGGACGGUCGCAAGCGUCGCGGGGGUGGGGCGGGUAACGCGACGCGGCGCAGCGGGGGCGGGUCGGGGUCGAACCGAGCCGUACGCGAGCUGUACUCGCACGCGCACGAGUGCGUCACACUGCUCGCCGAGCUGUUCGCCGCACACCACCUCACCGACACCACGGUGUUGCACGCCUCCACUGUCGGAGUGUCCCCUUUCUUUGUUGAAAAUAUUAGUGAAUUACAACUGUCAGCAUUGAAGCUUGUAACCACGAUAUUCUCAAAAUACGAACAACAUAGACGACUCUUACUAGAAGAUAUAUUGGCGUCGAUAGCUCGAAUACCGAGCUCGAAACACAACUUGCGCUCGUUCCAACUGAGCUCGGACCAGCACAUACAGAUGCUGACGGCGCUGGUUCUGCAGCUGGUGCAGUGUGUCGUCACAUUGCCGGAGACCAUGUGCAAAACACAAGACAAGGAUAAGGAGAAAGACAAGGAACACAGCGAAGCUGACAACAAAAAACAAGUAGAUAAAGAUCUUAUAAUUAUAUCUAAGUACGAAGCGGCAAUUAGCGUAGGUGGUACAUUUCUCACGUCAUUCCUCAACAAGUGCAGAAGUCGAUCAGAGGAGGUAGAUUUUAGACCUCUAUUUGAGAACUUUGUGCAUGACCUACUUACCACUGUUAACAAGCCCGAGUGGCCAGCCACUGAACUACUUCUCAGUCUGCUCGGAACUAUGCUGGUGAAGUACAUGUCAGACAAGUCAAUGGAGAUGUCGGUGCGCGUAGCGUCGCUGGAGUACCUGGGGCUGGUGGCAGCGCGGCUGCGGCGUGACAGCGUACACUCGCGCGCCAAGCUCAGCACCAUGGAUGCUGUCGUCAGGGACAUACGCGCUGAGGAGGAGAAGGACGCCGGCCACACCCAGACCACUACAUCUGGACUGGACGAAGAUGAAGAGAGGACUGAAUUCUUACAGAGAGUCUUAUUAGAUUAUUUAGCGAUUAACGGACAAAAGGACCAAGCUUGGAACUGCGCAAGACAUUUCUAUAUCACGCAGUGGUACAGAGACAUGGUCAUCCAGCCAAAAGCAUCGCCGACGAAAAGGCCGAAAAAUAAAUCGAAGAAGCGAUACAAGGACGAGACCAGCGACGAAGAAUCCGAGCCGGACGACGACAGCGACAGCGGAUUAAAGGAAUCGAAGGUCGAUAAGAGACAUUCCUCGAGCGCCGUCAUGUCCGCGGAGAAGUUCAAGACGAUAGAGCGGCGGAAACAUUUCUUUCUCGAGAAGAUCCGACCCUUCAGGUACCAGGGCGGGACUCAGGUGCAGGUGAUGCAGUCCUACAUCGACUAUAGCGGGGCCGAACUGAUAUCACAAUAUCUCGCCUCUAAGCGAUCAUUCUCGCAAAGUUUCGACAGAUAUCUCCGAAAGAUAUUGGUGAUACUUUGCGAGAACACGAUAGCCAUUCGAACGAAGGCGAUGAAGUGCCUGACUAUGAUUGUGGAGGCGGACCCCUCGGUGCUGGCGCGGCCCGACAUGCAGAUCGGCGUGAACAGGUCCUUCCUCGACCAGUCCACCGCGGUGCGGGAGGCGGCCGUCGACCUCGUCGGCAAGUUCGUGCUCAGCAGGCCUGACCUUAUAGACAAGUACUAUGGCAUGCUCUCCAAUCGAAUAUUGGACACCGGAGUCUCAGUAAGAAAGAGAGUGAUAAAAAUACUGAAGGACAUUUGCAUCGAAUGUCCGGAAUUUCCGAAGAUUCCGGAGAUAUGCGUGAAGAUGAUCAGGCGGGUGAACGACGAGGAGGGCAUCAGGAAGCUGGUGAUGGAGGUGUUCCAGAACAUGUGGUUCAGCCCGUGCCCCAACACAUCGCGGCCGGGCGCGCUGGACACCACGGCCGCUGCCGCAGACCCCCUCACGCGGAAGGUGCUCAACAUCACCGACGUGGUGAUAUCCUCGAGGGACAUGGGCCUCGAGUGGUUUCAGCAGCUACUCACUAGUUUAUUCAAACCCAAGGAGGAUAAAGAAGAUUCAACUAAAAUCAUUUAUCAGCCGCCGAAAUCACUGCUAGUCGCUUGUCAACAAAUUGUCGACUGCCUUAUUGAGAACUUGCUUCAGUUAGAAGAAACCGAUGGUACUGGAUCUUCGCAACGUAUAUUGGCGUGUCUUUCCACGUUGCAUUUGUUUGCAAAAAUCCGGCCACAACUUCUUGUUAACCACGCGUUAACUUUACAACCGUAUCUCAGCUUAAAAUGUCAGAAUCAAUACGAGCAGCAGAUAAUGUCGACGGUUGCCUCAACACUGGAGCUGGUGGUGCCACUGAUGGAGCACCCGAGCGAGGUGUUCCUGGCGCAGCUGGAGGAGGACGCGGUGAAGCUGAUCCUGCAGCGCGGCCAGCUCGUUAUCGCCGCUUGCAUCGCCUGCCUCGCCGCCAUCGUCAACAAUCUAACGCACAAUUAUAAACUCAUCAGAGACGUCUUUAAUAAAUACCAUGGUGUGCUGCUCCAGUGGAAGAGCAGUUGGCAGCGCAAUCCGGAGCUGACGCGGUCGUUGCCCUCGCGGCCAUACUUUCGCCGUGCUCUAUUCAUCGUCGGCCUGCUCCUACGAUACUUUGAUUUCACUGACAACAGAGUUAUUGAAGGAUUGUCGAGUGACAUAAAGGAGCAAGUUUUUGGCACACUAAUGUUCUUCGUGGCCCUGGACGACGAGGACUUUGUCUCGCACACUUUGAAGGCACUGGGGUCUGUGUGCGUUCGUCACUACGAGCUGAUGUUGCGCGCUGACCUCAAGGAGUUCUACCACCAACUCCUCACCUCGGACCUCGCGCCCAUCGAGAUGAAGGCAGACGUACUAAAGAAUAUAGAGAUGUAUCUACAGGAAGAAGAACAGAGGAUGAUCAGACAGGACAAAGAAUGGUCAAAACGUUCGAAGCACGAGAACCUGAAGGAGAUGGGCGACGUGUCAUCGGGCAUGGCGUCGACAGUAAUCCAGCUGUACCUGAAGGAAAUCCUUGGCUCGUUCCUGCAUCCCAGCACUGUGGUGCGCUCCAGCGCCAUGAAGGUCGUACAGCUCGUGCUCGCUCAGGGUCUCGUGCACCCUGUACAGAUCGUACCAUAUUUAAUAUGCAUGAGUACGGACGUUGAGGUGACGGUGUCUCACACGGCGGACAAGAACCUGCAGGACAUCGACAAAAAGUACCCCGGCUUUAUACACAUGAAGGCACAGCUCGGCAUCAAGCUCUCCUACCAGCUGCAGAAGAUCUUACAGAAUAAAACUGAUAAAGGAAUUAUAAGAGGAUUUAGGAAGAAAGAUCAAGAUGAUCUCCCUACAUCGUUGAACGGUUUUUUAUACUCUUUGUUACGUAACACGAGGCCGCAGCGGCGGGCGUUGGUACUGUCGCUGUUGAAACAGUUCGACGACGUCUCUACGGCACCAUUAGAUCAAAUGUUGUACCUGGCAGAUAAUCUUAGUUACUUUCCAUAUCAAGUUCAAGACGAACCACUUUUUAUCAUACAUCAUAUAGAUAUAAUUAUAUCCACAUCAGGGUCUAAUUUACUACAACUUUUUCGAGAGGGUCUAAUAAAGCCGAAUGCUGAGCAAGAGAAGGAGUCUCUAGAUGAAGAGGAGGACGAGGAAGAGGCGGAGGCGCUGUUGUUGCGGCUGCCGCACAACACGCGGCCCCUGCGCGACGCCAUGCGACAGGCUCGCGGCUGCGUGCUGCUCCUAGUGCUGAAGCAGCAUCUCAAGCAGCAAUACGGCUUCACCGAUGCAAAAAUUAACCAGUAUUCGCCAUCGGAGAGCGUGAAAAUGUACGAGAAGGCGGUAUCGCGGCGGCACGCGCCGCUGUUCGAGCCCAAGGUGACGAUCGCGCACCUCCGCGCCGCCGCGCGCGAACACGUCGAGGAUGAGCUUGACGAGGACGGCCGUCGCCGCCUCGUCGACGACUACCUCGAGUUCAAGCAAUUGAUGCUGAAGUUCGACCCCGAGGAGGAAGAGGAAGAGGAGGCGGGUAGCGGGGCUACGCCACAGGGUGCGGCAGGGGGCGCGGGUGAGGCGGGGGCGAGGCCGGCGCCUGCCGCGCCCCCUCCCCCGCCCGCCACCUAGCCGCCGCCGCGAGCCCCCCGCGCCCCCGCGCACGCCGCUAGUGCGUUCGGCGGACGAUGACGUCACGCGGCCCGCCACACCUGUGCUGCGUCAGACGCUCUCCCGGCGCCGGCGCAGCUGACACCGAGCGAUGACGUCGCACCUCCUGCCCCUGCCGACGCCGCCGGCGUGCGGUAGUCUCGUCGAUCGAGACCACGCGACGCCGCGAGUGUCGAUUAUAGAUUAUGACGUUUAUAGAACAAAUAUAUAUUCAUCACAAACUGGUGGACUUAUUCGUGAGGACUUACAAUGGAUCGGAUCGCAAGCUCCUUGCGGUAGGAACGCUCCGAAGCAGCGGCAACGUGGCCGAUGUCGGCCGCGGGCUAGUGCGCGUGUGCGUGUGUCUGUGUUAUGUCGUGAAUUGUUCGCCGUCGGAUGAUGGACGAUUACCAAACAAAAAUUAGAAACGUUUGAGCUCGUCGCCCGGCCUUCGUUUUAUUUUAUUUUCGAAAUUGAUUUAUUUAUUGAAGGGUGAUGUGAGGCAUCGCGGAGAGAGGGUGCGGGGGGGAGGCCGAGGUGGAGCUGCGGACCGCGUCCCCCGCGCCGCCUCCCCGCGGCCGCCAUCGGUCUCGUGACAACGGCAAUCUUAAGUUUUCUUUAAGUUAUAUUUGAGAAAUAUGUUUUUGUUUUAUAUUAAAAGUCUCGUGUGUAGAUAAUUUUUAUGAAGAAUAUAAAGUAUAUGUAACAACUUGGA